AUGUGUGGAAUUGCCGUUAUCAUCUCAGGAAUUCGUUUCGACCUCUCAAACAUAGUUCCUGAUUACGUUCCACCAUCUCCUCAACCUCCGGAACAGGUGUUAUUUUCUGCCGAUGAUAUAAAAGCGGCAUUGAGUAGAAGAGGUCCAGAUAGCAUAGGAAGCAAGAAUGUUUUCCUUAAGUUGGAGAAAUUGCCAUUCGAAGGAGUCAUGCCGGAGAUGUCCACAGUUGGGGAUGAUGAUUCACCUUUUGUCAUUCAAGAACCUUGUGGUGUAGAAAAUGGAUGUGAACCUGAUAACUUUGGACAGUUGCAUUUUAUUGGUGCUACAUUACAAUUAAGAGGAAUAAGUCCAAUUGUUCAGCCGUUGGUGGAUUCCUCCGGAAACGUUCUUGUCUAUAAUGGUGAAAUAUUUGGAGGAAUAUGUGUUGGCAAUGACUGCAAUGAUUCAGAGAUUCUGAUGAAAAUGUUGGGAAGGUGCUGCUCAUGUCUCUCCCACGACCACAGUAUUAAACAUGGUUCUUGUGAAGAAGGGGAAAUAUCUGUUCCUCAACUUCUCUCCAGAAUCAAGGGGCCAUGGGCUUUUAUCUAUUGGCAGAAUAGUUCCAAAACCUUGUGGUUCGGGCGAGAUGCAUUUGGAAGGAGGAGCCUUCUUGUCCAUUGGCCAACGCAACAGGACUCACGUUUUCUGCUGACAUCUGUGUCACCUCUUUCAUCUGAAUGUGAAAUAUCUGAGUCAAAAGAAUUGGAGAACCUAAACUACUGGGAAGAGCUUCCAUGUGGCAUGUACAGUUUAUCUGUGUGUGUUUCAAGAACAAAUGGUUAUCAUGCUUGUGAAUUGAAAAGACACAAGUGGACGGAUGCGAAUCUUGAAGAACUCGUGCAGUGGGAAAGAAUGUCUGUUCAUCCAGAGGCAGGGAAGACAUGUAUUUCCCGUGAUUAUGUCCAUCUAGAGCCAUCACAUAGGGUCCUGACUGUUUUGAGGGAGGCUGUGAUGCGGCGAACUGUGUUAAACACAACUUGCCAGACUGUUUCUGCUCACCACGGACAAGGAAGUGCUCCAGUUGCAGUGCUAUUUUCUGGUGGGCUAGAUAGUAUGAUCCUUUCAGCACUAUUGCAUCAGUGCCUUGAUCUCAAGUAUGACAUAGAGUUGCUCAAUGUGAGCUUUGAUGGUCAGUUUGCUCCAGAUAGAAUCACUGCCAGGGAAGGUGUGAAGGAACUUGAAAAUAUUGCACCAUCAAGAAGGUGGAAGCUGGUAGAGAUCAAUGCUGAUUUACAGAGAUUAACUUCUGAAAUGAAGCAUGUCAUGUCGCUUAUAUCUCCUGCAAAGACAUAUAUGGAUCUCAAUAUUGGUUUAGCAUUGUGGUUAGCCGCUGGAGGUGAUGGAUGGAUCUAUGGAGGUAGUGCUGACAGCCAGUACUCGAAGCACAAAUCUGAGGCCAGAGUUCUUCUUACUGGCACUGGUGCGGAUGAACAAUGUGCAGGAUAUGGCCGGUACAAAACGAAAUUUAGAGAGGGAAGUUGGCUUGCACUGCAUGAAGAAAUGAAGUUAGACAUGCAGAGAAUUUGGAAGAGAAACCUCGGGAGAGACGACAGGUGCAUUGCUGACAAUGGAAAAGAGGCACGAUUUCCUUUCUUGGAUGAGGAUGUUAUAAGGACGCUACUUGAUAUGCCUCUCUGGGAGCUCGCUGACCUCAGCCAACCGAGUGGGAUUGGGGAUAAAAAGAUCUUAAGAGAGGUUGCACGCUUGCUUGGUAUAUCUGGAGCGGCCGGUCUGCCAAAAAGAGCUAUUCAGUUCGGUUCCAGGAUAGCGAGGGAGUCUAACCGGAUAAAUUUUGGAAGCAAUCGUGCUGCCAAUCAAGCAUCUGCUGGAAGUGUAGAGAUAUACAAGGCCAGGAGCUGA